AUGACGUCGGAGCUCACACGAGAAGAACGCCACAGUCUUCUCGCAAUUUUCGGCGCCGGCGUCGCCAUCGUGUCGAACAGCUUCAACGGCGAUGGCAAUCCCAUUGUCGCCUCGCUGGCUUACAGCGGAAUCGGGUUCAGCAUCACGUAUUGCUUGAUCCGAUGGCUCGGGCCCGCGUUCAUGAAGGCCGGAUUCAAGGGGAAGGACAUGAGCAAGGCCCGUAAGGUCGAGAUACCGGAAACCAUGGGCGCAGUGUGCGCACUGGUCUAUCUUCUCAUCGUUCUGCUCUUCAUCCCCACGGCUUUCUACAAGGACAUUGUCGCGGCGACGUCGGGCGGUGGAAACAGAGACGUCAUCCUCCACGUUGAACAGGUGGAAACGGGACGCUUUCUGCACCGGUUCCCGCACAACAAGCUCGCAUCAUACCUGUCCGCCGUGCUCACCAUGGCGCUGACGUUCAUACUGGGCUUGCUGGAUGACAUCUUCGACAUCAGAUGGCGACACAAGGUACUCAUCCCUGCCGUGUCGGCCAUCCCGAUGCUGGUGAUUUACUUUGUCGAUUUUGGCGUCACCCAUGUCGUGGUUCCCAUCCCAUUGCGUCCCUACCUGGGCGAACUAUUCAAUCUCGGCUGGAUUUACUACGCUUACAUGGCCGGUUUUGCCAUCUUCUGCCCAAACAGCAUAAACAUUCUGGCCGGCAUAAACGGUAUCGAGGUGCUCCAGUCCAUCAUCAUCGGUCUCCUCAUCCUCCUCAACGACAUGCUCUACCUCAGCCCCUUCACACCGUAUCCACACCCGGCCACCGACUCGCACCUUUUCAGCAUCUACAUGCUGCUGCCCUUCCUCGGCGUCUCUCUUGCGUUGUUCAUACACAACAAGUUCCCAGCCCGCGUCUUUGUUGGCGAUACGUACUGCUACUUUGCUGGCAUGAUCUUCGCCAUCGACGGCAUCUUAGGGCACUUCAGCAAGACACUGUGGCUGCUUUUUGUGCCGCAGGCUUUCAACUUUGUGUAUUCUUGUCCGCAGCUUUUUGGAUUGGUGCCGUGUCCGAGGCAUAGGCUGCCAAAGUUCAAUGCCAGAACUGGCCUGAUGGAGCCAUCGACGGCCGUGUUUGAGAAGGAGAGACCGCUGCAUCCCCCGGUCCAAUGGGUCAUGAAGCUCAUGCACAAGCUGUGGCUGCUGGAUAUCAAGGUGAACGAGGAGGGGCGAGUCACGGAGUCAUCGAAUUUCACGCUGAUCAACCUAUGGCUGGUUUGGUUUGGGCCCAUGCGUGAAGACACGCUGGCAUACACGCUGUGCGCAUUUCAAUUCUUCCUCGGCUUGGUGGGAUUGUUUGUGAGGCACAAGCUGGCCCUUUUGAUCUUCACAGCAGACAACUGGAAUGUAUGA